UCUUACUCUUGUGAUCUUGAGCUUUAAUGUCUUUUACCUAUUACGAUUUGUGGGUAGUUGAUUACCACACGAUGAUCCCUUUGAUGUCUUUGCACGUCUUCAUGCCCUGCUUGCUUGUUUUCUGGUUAUUUCUCAGUAACAUAAGCCGACGAAUGGACGUUCAUGUCUUAUGCUUAUUGCCAUGACUCAUGAGUACUCCCACGCCAUCAUCAAUUGUGGAAACUAAGGAUGGGAAGGUUUCUGUGGCUUCCGCAUUCCCUGGCCACCAAGAAGCUGUUCUGGAUCGAGACCACAAGUUCUUAACGAGAGCUGUGGAGGAAGCAUAUAGAGGAGUUGAAUGUGGAGAUGGUGGUCCUUUCGGGGCAGUGGUGGUUAGUAACAACGAGGUCAUCGUCAGUUGCCACAACAUGGUAUUAAGGAACACUGACCCAACUGCACAUGCUGAAGUCACUGCAAUCAGAGAGGCGAGCAAGAAGUUAAAUCAAACUGAGCUCUCGAACUGUGAAAUUUACGCCUCGUGUGAGCCUUGCCCAAUGUGCUUCGGCGCAAUUCAUCUGGCUCGGUUUAAGAGGUUGGUUUAUGGAGCAAAGGCUGAAGCAGCUAUUGCAAUCGGGUUUGAUGACUUCAUUGCGGAUGCAUUGAGAGGGACUGGAUUCUAUCAGAAAGCUUGCCUUGAGAUUAAGCAAGCUGAUGGCACGGGAGCUGUUAUUGCGGAACAAAUCUUCGAGAAGACCAAGGCCAAGUUUCCCAUGUACUGAUGUCAAAGCUCGAGCUACAGAUGCGACAAAUCAUCGUUGUAGCUCGUCUUUGGUUGUUUAGACAUGACCAAUUACACCGAUAAGUUGUUGUGGAUUACUCAUGGAAUUUGCUAUGAUCUUUCAACCGUCGUUUCGCUAUGGAAGGAUAUUUCCAAACUCCAAACUUUAA